AUGAAAUCGAAGAUGUGAUCACGUUAUGUAGCAGUGUAGUAAAUAUGAUGAGGCUAGGUUUCCCCUUGACUUUGAACUUAGGAAUAAAGAUCAGACCUUUUAUGCUUACGAGAGAUGUGUCGAUAUAUUGUAGGCGGGAAGGUAAUUUUCAAGAUAAUAAUUUAAUUCAUCCGGAAAGUCGUGAGCCCGAUAUUCCACGUUAUGUGGAACGAGAAGGAGAAAAUGCCAAUCUCAAACGAGCACGAUUGACAUAUCAAUCUCGUAAACGCGGCAUGUUGGAGAAUGGUCUACUACUUAGUACCUUUGCAAAGAAAUAUUUGAAUACGUUUGAUGAUAAACAAUUAAGAUUAUACGAUCAACUUAUAAAUUUACCAUCUAAUGAUUGGGAUAUAUUCUAUUGGGCGACUGGUAUUAAACCAACUCCACCUGAAUUUGAUAAUGAAGUGAUGGACUUGCUGAAAAAUCAUAUUCAGAAUAAAGACCGACAGACUAGGAUAAUACAGCCAGAUUUAUAAACAAUUAUAUAGCAAAUGUUUAGAGAUCGUAAUGUAUAGCAGAUAUAAUAAUCUAGACUUUGAAUGUAAACUUGUAUUAAUAGUACAAAUCAUGAUGCAAUAAAGAAUUGAAAAUGUCAUUUGAAA